AAGGCGGAGUUCCACGUGGAACUGAAGGCAGGCGUGAACUGCGGGGGGUUGUUGUAGCCUUGAUCAAUGGCCGAAUCUCGGUCCCUGAGCAGGGUUGAAGCCUUACGCCUCGGGCCACCCGAUUGGAAGCACGCUUGUCAUGCCCUGCUCUAUGCACCCUGUCCCGGCCGCCUCUUCGGGAAGAUCCCGUUGCGUUUCGCAGUGUUGAUGCAGAUGCGAUUUGAUGGGCGUUUGGGUUUCCCAGGUGGAUUUGUGGACCCGCGGGAUGCUUCUCUGGAGGAGGGUCUGAACAGGGAGCUGCACGAAGAGCUAGGCCCUGGUGCGACCUCUCUGCUUGUAGCAGAAAGGGACUACUUGAGCUCCCAUGCCUCUGAGAGACCCCAGCGGGUGGUGGCGCACUUCUAUGCCCAGCGGCUCAGCCUGGAGGAGUUCCAGACCAUAGAGGACAGGGCGACGCAGGCCAAAGACCAUGGACUGGAGGUGAUGGGGCUUGUCCGUGUUCCCCUCUACACGCUGCGUGAUGGUGUUGGUGGUCUCCCGGCUUUCCUUAGCAAUACUUUCAUCGGCAGUGCCCGAGAGCAGCUGGUUCACGCUCUGGACACUCUCCAGCUUGUGCCAGGAGAGCAGCUUCAGAAGGCUGUUACUAUGGCCCAGAAGAAACCGUGAGCCUCACUGGCUGUACCUGCUGCCUUCCUCCUCCCGAUGGCUUGAAUACGGGACCCCCCCCCCCCAUGAACUAUGUAGACUUCUGAAUGGAGCCGCUGGAGAGAGAAAUCGGAGAGUAUGUCUGCCUUGCUCCUUGUAAAUGGCUUGUUGCCUCUGAAUCCAGCCCCAUAGGGGCUGUGUCUUUUGACAAGGAGUGUUGAGAACUGCUUGUGUCGAACUGCUUGCAUGUUUAAAUUAUUGAUGGUGUCUGUCCAGAUUGAAUCGGAGUAGGUAAAGGUUAAGAGUGAA